AUGGUAAUAUUAGCCUUUAUGGCUAUUUCUAAAGUUAGUGCUGAAGAAAUAUAUUUUUCUCCUGCGAAAUUCUCUCAAUCGAUAAGAAGUAACAUACUGGUGAACAAAGAACCAGCUCCCAUCUACGAACCAAAUGCAGAGACAGAAGUCCAAAGUGGAAUACAACAACCAAUUUACUUUAAACCACUAAAUGUACCAUUUUCGAGCGCACGUAAAUAUGAUGCUACACCCAACUCAAUCACUUCAUCACAAUCCGUACAUAGACCUAACUACAAUGCUUUAUAUUCCCAACCGCCUGUACUUUUGUUCAAAAUCCCAAACAAAAUAAAAGCUUUACAGCCAGCAUAUACGAAUACACACACGAUUCAAAAUCAGGCAGUUAAAACAACUAUCACCCACUCUGAAACCCCUGUCGUAUCUCAUACAACAUUUACCGGCCUCGGAACAACUUACUCUUGG